AUGGCACUCCCGGGACAUGCAUGGAGCAGCCCGCUACUCUUAUGGCUUCUAACAACGUCGCAACAGGGUCUCGUCCGCGGCGAAGGUUUCACCUUCCCUACCACCGACGUGGACGAAUUCAUUGUCGGAGACCUGGUCAAUGUCACCUGGGACUCGGUCUCACCGCGCAUCUCGCUCUAUGAGAUGUGCGCCACGGCCGUCCUCUUAGAAUCCAACGUCUCCAACACACAAAGCUACGUCUGGAACGCCACCCGAGACCACUACACAGAAUCAGGCUGUGCAUUCGAGCUUGUCUCCCUCACCGACGACGGUUCUCUCAUCCUCCCCAACCUGACUAGCGUCCCCUUCGGCGUCGACCCGCGAUACACCAACGACCCCGCACCGACCUCCUAUAAUUUUGGUGGCACAUCCUCCUUGACCGCGACUGCAACCUCCUCGGCCACCUCCACGUCUUCGACAAACACCCUUUCCUCCACCACCGCAGCCGCCAACCCAUACUCUGCAACCGCAGAACCAGCAUCAGCGACAUCAUCCUCAUCCACCUCUAACGAAAAACCCACAGCCAUCGCAAAGGAAGGCCUCACCACCGCCCAGAAAGUGGGAGUCGGGCUCGGAGUUCCGCUGGGCGUUCUGGUAUUGUCACUGGCCGGGGCGUUCAUCUUCAUGUAUCGCCGUCGGCAGCGACGAGGGCGCGGGGAUGGAUCGUCUGCACAGCUACCAUUGCCGCCACCGCAGCAGCAGCAUUUGUAUCAUACUGUUCCGUUGAUGGCUGAGCAGCCGAAAUCCCCGUUUGACGGGUCACGGAUGUCGCGGUUGUCCGGGGCGGAGACACUGAUUGCGGAACUUCCGGCGGCAGAUGUGGAGGCUGACUCGGAGAGGGGGGAUAGUUUGCGGCCGGUGAGUGAGCUCAUGGGGACGCCGAGGAAUGAGUUGAUUUGA